AUGUCAUUGACAGCGCAACUCUCAGCGCACUCGUCGAGCUUCGCUCGAUCGACGAAAACAAGUGAACGUGCAGUCGCGCAAUAUCGGGCGAAGCUCGCUGGAACAUCCGAGCGGCGGUACGUUAUGGCGGUGUCUAGGGCUGGUAGAGUUGCAAUUUUGUUGGGACAAUGUGUGCCUUGUGUGAAGAAGGAUGCUUCCAAAAUUCGUGUGAAACAACUGGAAUUGGACAAAAAUUUACUAAUGUAUUUUAGGAAGGACUCUUACGUAUAUGCCCAUGAUCCGCAGAAGGUGUGCAAGACCGGUGAUGUAGUUCUAGUGCAAGAACUCCCAGAGAAGCUCACGACUUUAAUUUCACACAAAGUAUUAAGAGUAGUAUAUCCUCUUGGGGAUAUUACAGAUCCAAUUACAGGAAAGAAAGUUGUUGGAAGUAGAUUUCGCGAAGACAUCGAGGAAGUUAAUAAGUUAUAUGGUGAAGAAGAGACUCGGUUUAAAUACGAUGAUGCUCCUGAAAGAGGCUGGCAAGAAGAUAAAAAGGACUUCACCCAUAGAGAAAGCUAUAUUAAAUACCACGAAUUUCCGGAUGAUGAUCAACCUUAUGCAGUGUAA